UGAAAUUAUACAAAACAUUAGAAAUCCUCACAGUUUGUAUAUCUUAUUCCUAAUCUAUGGAGUUUAAAGAAAAAGAGUUUUAGAGACUGCUGUUAACUUAAAUGACAUAGGAAAACUGAAAGGGAGAACUGAAAGUGGGAAAUUCCUAUGAAAUAGAAAGGGGACCAUCCUGUAUAAAUAGGCCAUACUCAUGGAAGAAGGGCAUUCACACUGCAAACUCUCGAAGUCUUUGCUUCAGCACCUAGACAGUAGCAGGCAAGACUUCCUAUUUUCAUCAUGACCGGCAGGUGCAUCCUCCAAAUCGCUCUCUUGGCGUGUUUCUUCACCACCGCGCAUUCCGUGAGCUACAAGUUACUUGGAUUCCAACUAAGAAGCAGCAGUUUGGAGUGUCAGGAGCUCCUGCUGAACUUGAACAGAACCUCUAAAUAUUGCCUCAAGGACAGGAUGAACUUCGAGGUCCCUGAGGAGAUUAAAAAAUCACAGCGGUUCCAGAAGGAGGAAGCCAUAUUGGUCAUCAACGAGAUGUUCCAGAAGAUCUUUAAUAUUUUCAGUAGAAACACCUCUAGCACGGGAUGGAAUGAGACCACUGUUGAGAACCUCCUUGCGACACUCCACUGGCAGAAGGAACACCUGGAAACGAUCCUGGAGGAAAUCAUGGAGGAGGAAAACUUCACCUGGGACAAUACGACCCUUCUGCACCUGAAGAAAUACUACUUAAGGAUCGUGCGGUACCUGAAGGCCAAGGAGUACAGCAUCUGUGCCUGGACAGUAGUCCAAGCAGAAAUCCUCAGGAACUUUUUCUUCCUUGAGAGACUUACAGAUUAUCUCCAAAACUGAAGCUCUCCCAGCCUGUACCUCUGGGAACGGACGAUGCUGGCAAUGGAUUCAGGGAUUCUUCAACUCACAGAGACUCUGUAAGUGACUGGCAGCUAAUGUACUCCAUG